AUGCUUUCCUUGAUACGUCAACCUACGGAUUUGUAUGACGACCAAAACAAUGUUAUUGAUAGAGACCACCUCAAGGCUAUUUUAGCAUAUAUGAUUUUUGCCGCAACUGACGCUUCUGUCAUUGUGGUUGACUGCGCUCUAUCUGAACUCUUGAGGCAUCCAAGAGUGAUUAAAAAUCUCCAAAAUGAGCUACAAAAUGUGGUUGGAAUGAACAGAAUGGUGGAUGAGGCUGAUUUAGCAGAGUUAAGUUACUCAUAUAUGGUCAUUAAGGAGACUCUUAGAUUACAUCCACCUGCUCCUUUACUUAUCCCUCGAGAAAGUAUGAAGGAUGUCACAGUUAAUGGAUAUUGCAUAAGAAAAAAGUCCAGGAUCAUGAUGAAUGCAUGGGCUAUCGGACGAGAUCCUAAGUUAUGGUCCGAUGAUGCUUAUAUGUUCUAUCCAGAAAGGUUCGUUGAUAACAAUAUAGAUAUUCAUGGGCAUAAUUAUCAAUUUUUACCAUUUGGUUCAGGUCGUAGAAGAUGUCCUGGACUUCAAAUGGGUAUGACCACAGUUAAGUUAGUUGUAGCUCAAUUGGUGCAUUGCUUUAGUUGGGAGCUUCCUUGUGGCGUGUGUCCAAGUGACUUGGAUAUGAAUGAAAAGUUUGGCCUCACAGUCCGAAGAACGAAGCAUUUGCAGGUUGUUCCAACUUGUAGAUUACAUACGGACUAUUCAAACUGA